UGGCGACUUGGUUGGUUACCUCUUGGUAAACCCCAAGCCUGGCCCCUUCCAUCCAAUCCAAAUGAACUCUUCACACGCUCACAUAGUUUUUCUUGUUUGCAUAUGCAUAACCGCCUUCAGAUGCCCAAAUCUAUUGAAGAUCCACUCUCUUAUCUCUUGAACCUAUUACCAUCAACAUUUCUUGCUAAGGAAGUGAGAAAAUCAAUCGAUGCCUGGCUCAUACGCUGGCCUUCCAUAUGUGCAAUUCUGCUUAAGAUGGACUAUCUAGCUCACUCCCAAAUCCCUGAACCCUCUGACCAUCAUCUUCUUUCAAUACAAAAACGAAUUUCUGAUAGUUAA